CAUGACCCGCUCGGUCCGCCUUCAAGUAGCCCUCGUCCUGCCUGCCUGCGCCGUCCGCCUCUUUCCUAUUGCGGGCUUUUGGUGACUUUGCGCCCGCGCUGUCACCGCCCGGGAGGCGCUGUCGGGUCAGCGGAGUAGGCAGCCAUGGAGAGCCUGCGCGGCCUGCGCCAGGCGGCGGGAAGUUAUUUUAGGUUAUAUGAAAGAGGUGCUUCUUCAUCUCUAAGACUUAGCAGAAACUCCGAUUUGAAGAGAAUAAACGGAUAUUGUGCCAAACCACAAGAAAGUCCAAAAGCUCCACCCUACACUUACAGCCACAAAGUGCCAUUACACAAACCUACACACUGGGAGAGGAAGAUCCUGGUAUGGUCAGGUCGCUUCAAAAAGGAAGAUGAAAUCCCAGAGACUGUCUCGUUUGAGAUGCUUGAUGCUGCAAAGAACAAGAUCCGGGUGAAGGUCAGCUAUGCAAUGAUUGCCCUGACAGUGGCAGGAUGCAUCUGGAUGGUUAUUGAGGGCAAGAAGUGAGUGCAGAGUAAAAGGAAAUGAACUUCUGGCUCUCUUCAGACUUUUGGAGUGGAAAAUACUGACCAUUUAGACGGACCUUAUGGGAGCAUGAAGGACAAGAGUACAGGACUGAGUGAAGUUCUUUUGACAUCUCUUUCUACCCCACUUCAGAUUUUCUCCUGGUUUCCUCUUGGACUUCUCAUGCUUAGUUCUCAGACUGAAACCUACAGAAGCAUGUGGACAGGACAUAGGGGCUUCCAGAAUUCCAAGAAAUCUGCAUUGCUUUUGUAUACUUGAUUAGACUAAACUGAGUCUGAAUACUCUAGAAACAAGUUACCCCUUGGGAUUUCUUCUAGCCUCAUCUAAGGGUAUACACCAUGUGCUUCAAGAGAGUUUCUCUCCUUUAUAUGCCAGAAAACCAUCUCAUUUGUUUUACGUAGAACUAUCCAUUUCUUACAGAUGGUAAAUGCUACUAGAAUGAAGAAUUUUUAGACUCAUUGCUAUUUGGAAGAGAGAAAUUAGCCGUCGUAUUUUGUCCUCACCAUCAACUUACCAUUCCUGUUCUCCUCUCCCUUCCCAUACCUAAUUCGUUACAUGUGAAAUUACGCAGACAUAAGAAAAUUCCUCCUUAUAUAUAGGGUGCUAGUUUAUUUGGUAUAGAACUUUUGAAACUGGUCUGCUUAUGUAAGCUUCAUGGGCAUGUAACAGGGCACAUGGAAACAAGGGAGAGGAUGGUUGUCUCCCCCCCACUGCUGUUUGCUGUCAAAGGAUGGCGUAGUGGGAUAGAUACUAGUCAGAGUCAUCAGUCACAGUAUUUGGUGAAGUCUGGGAUCCCCAAAGCUGAAUAUUUUUGGUAAAAGAGGAGUAAGGAGUUAGAAGGGUAUGAAAGUAUACAAAUGAGUUGGGGGAGGAAAAAUGGUAGCAACAAAGAAAAGGAAAAGGAAAAAAAAGAUAGAAAUGGAAACAAAAAGGUAUUCAAUACUAAAGAGAGAGGAAAAAGGAAAAGAUAAAGGAAGAAAUUAUAAGGGAAGAAGCUAGAUUUAAAGAAACAGGCCAGAAAGAAAGAGAAGGUAGAGGGUGUGGCAUUUCUCUCAUGCUUGACUGGAUGGGCUACUGGACUGUGAAGUUUUAGAGGAAGCAGAAGGCACACGGAGGGGGCUUCUGUGCUCAGUGUGUCCACAGCAGAGCAUUCUGGGCCUGCGCUGCCCUAGUUAAUCAGCUGACAUCAGUGCAGGGUAAUGACAUCCUUCCCAAACCCGCAUAAAUAAUCACUUGUUCAAAUUUGUU